AUGGAGAAGCAUAACACCAUUGUGGUGUGGGAAGAGUCACUCUGCUCUCUGGUUUCUUUCGGCUGUGUCUUGCCUGUGCACCCCACAUACCCCCGUAUGUCUCUCUCCCCAGCCUAUGCCGACUCAACACUGUCAGCAGAGGCCAUGGCAGAGGUGGACCGAGUGAUUGAGAAGCACAACGCUGGGGUGAGGAGGAGAUUCGUGAGCAACCUGUCGCAACAGCUGGACCAGGCUAAGGUCCAAUACGACAUAGUGGCAGUGCAGGACGCGGAUCCCAGAGAGCGCAUCUGCAACGAGGUGGAGAGAAUGAAGGCGCAUACGCUCAUCAUGGGGUCAAGAGGACUUAGCACUGUUAAGCGACUUGUGUUGGGAAGCGUGUCGGACUAUUGUGUCAAUCACGCCACCUGCCCCGUUAUUGUCGUUCGUCCAAAGCAAUCUGAGACUGCUUGA